GCGGGGCGGGCGGGCGCUACGAUUUUAUAGUCCGGACUUUGCACAAAUCCUCCUCAACCCUACCUUGCCGUCGUCGACUACAGAGACAAGUCCGGGGGCAUACAGAAAGCGAGGGGACCCUUCUCGCAGCUGCUCGGACAUGGUUGGUCAUGAAGAGGACGACCAGGACUGGGAGAAGGCCGGUCAGCCUAACUGGCGCGGGCUGGGAUUGACCGAUCCCAUCAAGAGUGUAGAGGAUAAAUGGCUCUUGCUCCCGGCCUUCCUCAAAGUGAAGGGUCUAGUCAAGCAGCACAUAGACUCGUUCAAUUACUUCGUGGACGUCGACAUCAAGAAUAUCCUGAAGGCGAAUAACAAGGUCACGUCGGACGUCGACCCCCGUUUCUGGCUGAAGUACACAGACAUCCAUGUCGGCUUCCCGGAUCGUACGGACGCAGACGCGAUCGACAAAACCGUGACGCCGCACGAAUGUCGUUUGAGAGACGCGACCUACAGCGCACCAAUUCUUAGCGUCGUGCGGCGAGCGAAUCUGGCGCGAAUGACCGAGUGUCCUCUGGAUCCAGGAGGGUAUUUUAUUGUCAAGGGCACGGAGAAAGUCAUUCUCGUUCAGGAACAGCUUAGUAAGAACCGUAUCAUCGUUGAGGUGGAUCCGACGAAGGGCAUUGUACAGGCGUCGUGUACAUCGUGCAUCGACACAUGGGGCCUGAAGUCCAAAACUUACGUUGCAACCAAGAAGGGCAAGAUAUAUCUUCGUCAUAACUCGAUUCACGAGGACGUGCCGAUUGCCAUCGCGCUCAAGGCGCUCGGUAUCCAGUCCGACAAGGAAAUCCUCCUUCUGACGGCCGGUCCCCAUGAGGCGUACAAGUCUGCCUUUUCCCCAAACCUUGAGGAGACCGCCAAACUAGGCAUCUUCACCCGACACCAAGCUCUAGAGUGGAUCGGAUCUCGGGUGAAAGUCAAUCGACGAGUAGUUGGGCCGAGGCGGCCAGCUUGGGAGGAGGCGCUGGAAGCGCUUGCGACCAUUGUCCUGGCUCAUGUGCCCGUACAUGGACUGGACUUCCGAUCGAAGGCGAUCUUUGUUGCGACAAUGACGCGGCGCGUGCUUAUGGCUAUGGACGACGAGAAGAUGGUAGACGAUAGGGAUUACGUCGGUAACAAGCGUCUCGAGUUGGCGGGACAACUCUUGGCGCUACUGUUCGAAGAUCUCUUCAAAACGUUCAACGCCAAUCUCAAGUCUGCCAUCGACAAGGUGCUGAAGAAGCCCUCUCGGACAAGCGAGUUCGACGCCUUCAAUACAAUGCAAUUCCAAGGCGAUCAUAUCACCUCUGGUUUCGUGCGCGCCAUCUCCACGGGGAAUUGGUCGUUGAAGCGAUUCAAGAUGGAUCGCGCCGGCGUCACACACGUCCUCAGCAGGCUCUCCUUCAUCUCCGCCCUCGGAAUGAUGACGCGUAUCUCGUCGCAGUUCGAGAAGACGCGCAAGGUCAGUGGUCCGCGUGCGUUGCAGCCUAGCCAGUGGGGCAUGCUCUGUCCUAGUGAUACCCCCGAAGGAGAGGCCUGCGGGCUGGUCAAGAACCUGGCGCUUAUGACACACAUCACGACAGACGUGGAGGAGGACCCGAUCAUCAAGAUAGCGUUCGUGCUCGGCGUCGAAGAUAUCAGCUUGGUGACUGGGGCAGAGAUCUACGGGCCGAAUGUCUUCGUUGUCAAUGUCAACGGCACUAUCAUUGGGCUCACUCGCUACCCGGCGCGGUUCGUUAGUAACUUCCGGAAGCUGCGACGCGCCGGGAGGUUCAGCGAAUUCGUCAGUGUAUACAUUAACCAUCACCACCGCACCGUGCUCAUCGCCAGCGACGGAGGACGAAUUUGCCGCCCUAUGAUCAUUGUCGAGAACGGUAGACCGCGCGUAACAUCUGAUCACGUCUUGGAACUCAAGAAAGGUCUGGUCACCUUCGAUGACUUCCUGCGCAGAGGCCUAGUGGAGUAUCUCGAUGUGAACGAAGAGAACGACUCGUACAUUGCGCUGUAUGAGUCCGAUAUCGGGCCUACCACGACUCACCUAGAGAUCGAGCCCUUCACGCUGCUUGGCGCCGUCGCAGGGCUCAUUCCCUACCCUCAUCACAACCAAUCACCGCGUAACACUUACCAAUGUGCUAUGGGUAAACAAGCUAUCGACACCCUACUCUACCUCUCCACAAAGACAAUAGAGUUGAUUGGCUAUGACAAGUUGCCCGCCGGACAGAACGCCACGGUGGCAGUCAUGAGCUAUUCCGGUUAUGAUAUCGAGGAUGCGCUUAUUCUGAACAAGGCCAGCCUGGAUCGUGGCUACGGCCGUUGCCAGGUCUUGCGCAAGAAUGCAACGCUGAUCAGGAAGUACCCCAACGGAACUUUCGACCGACUAGCGGACGCACCGGUGGAUGAGAACGGUCAAAUUCAAAAGAAGUUCGACAUCAUCCAGAUGGAUGGCUUAGCGGGCGUCGGUGAACGUCAGACGCCAACCAAUGCCAAUGACAAUUCCUUACCGAACGCGCCCAUGAGCUAUAAGUCACCUGUCGCUGGUAACAUUGACAAGGUUAUGAUCAGUGACACGGAGAACGACCAGACCCUCAUCAAGGUGCUCAUCCCUGGGGACAAAUUCUCGUCGCGACAUGGUCAGAAGGGAGUCUGUGGGCUAAUUGUGAAUCAAGAGGAUAUGCCGUUCAACGAUCAGGGCAUCGUUCCUGACACCAUUAUGAACCCUCACGGCUUCCCGUCUCGUAUGACCGUGGGGAAGAUGAUCGAGCUGUUGGCCGGAAAGUAUUCUCGGUUCCUUUCCAUCAAUGCCGCAGGUGUGCUGGCUGGCAAACUUCAAUACGGCACGGCGUUCGGUGGCUCCAAGGUGGAGGACAUGUCGCGCAUCUUGAUUGAGAACGGCUUCAGCUACGCUGGAAAAGAUAUGCUAACUAGCGGCAUCACUGGAGAGCCGUUGGAAGCAUAUGUGUACUUCGGACCAAUAUAUUACCAGAAACUAAAACACAUGGUGAUGGACAAAAUGCAUGCACGAGCCAGGGGACCGCGUGCUACACUGACUCGACAGCCCACCGAAGGACGCUCAAGGGAGGGCGGUCUGCGUCUGGGCGAGAUGGAGCGCGAUUGUCUCAUUGGUUAUGGCGCUACACAGCUUUUGCUAGAGCGCCUUAUGAUCUCGUCAGACAAAUUCGAAGUCAACGCAUCUACCAUACCUUAUGCUGCAAAACUGUUAUUCCAGGAGUUGAUGGCAAUGAAUGUCGUGCCACGGCUUGUAUUGGAUGACGCAUGA